CUGGAGAAAAUUCUGACCUAGAUGAAGGCCCUAGUAUGAAUAGAGGUCAGAAGAAAGCAAAAAAGUGAUUUUCCACAACCUAUCUAUGCAAGCUGGGCUUUUCAAGCAUGACUGCUAUAAAAACUAAAAAAAGGAGAGUGACUCAGAGCUGUUGAGGAAGAUCUUCGUGUGUGUCUUUCAAUUCCUGCGAGUAGAUCAGCUUUGUGUUCAACUAAACAGGCCCAGGUUUCACACUGAAUAUACAUAGAAGACUAGAUGCCUCACCGCGUAUUCCAGAACGUCCACACAGGGCGGCCAUCUUACCACAGGCAAGCUUUUCCACAGAAUUUGCGGUACACUGAGAAAAUGCAUGCGUAUCCAGUUUUCCGUCGGCAGUCAGCCACAUCAGCCCGGCUCCUCAUGGCACCCACAAGCGAGGCCAACCGCGUGGAAAACAAAGUGUCUGCAAGGGCCCAACCCAAAGAGGAGGUACUGAAGGAGGCAUCCAACUUUGUCAGGAGCAAUGGGGGAGAUCCAUCUGACCAUUUUUUGGUGUUGGCUCACUGUCUGCUACAGUUUGGUAAAUACCAGGGUCAGAGAUUCAUUUGGCUUCUGGAGAACUCGCUUGGCUACGCAUUAGCCUUGCUGCAUAGCAUUUCCAAUGAAACAGCACUCCCAAACCCUCUGUCAGAAAAUAAGCAACUGUUUCUUCAGUACACAUCGCACAUUAAAGAGUUGCCUGGAGAAGUGGAGAAAUACGCCAAGAAGAAAGAGCUUCAGGCUCAAGUGCAGGCAACAGGAGACGGGCUGUUUGUUGUUGGAGUUUGGAGACUUUGAGGGCCGCUCUCUGAAAGAGGUGUACGAGGACCAGAGCCACGGGGCCCAGAAACUCGUCAGGUACGUGCUACAGUCAAAUGCACGGCCCAACACCAACAUGGCCCUUUUCAAGGCAUAUAUUUUGAAAAGACGGUCAGCUGAGGGUACCAGUACCAGGGAGCAUCAGCCAUCUCCAGCCUCCAGUGCCAGCGCCUCUUCUCCUGCCCCGUCACCUACCACCAUCCAAACGGGCCCACGGACGCCUGCCUCUGUAAAAGCUCUGCUGGCAUGUGGCAAACACUUGCCUCCCUCACAGCUGGCCAAAAAACUUGUGUCACCUGUGAAACCCUCUCCAGCACCGCAAUUGUCUGGCUCCAGUACUGCACAUCGGCGCCCAGAACCCAUUCCCCAACAGUUGCGCUUCCUCUGUGGCCCUUCUGAGGCCGACGAUGAGGAACUUGUGCGUGCCACACAAGAGUGUGAGACACAGCUGCAAACAGCAGGCACCAUGCCUCCUCUAGCAGCCACCAUGCCUCCUCCAACAGCCGUCAUGCCUCCUCCAACAGCCGCCAUGCCUCCUCCAGUAGAAGUUGCUCAGCCACAGCCACCGGUGGAUCUCCCCUCUCACUGGAAGGACCAUCUUCCUCCCUUCCAACAGGAGUGGAUUCGCCACACACUGUUCAAGGCGAACCCAAAGACUGGGAAACCGGAGCUGGUGACCCAGCUGAAGCUGUGGUGGCAUCCUCCUCAGCCCACCCUCAUUCACACCCAGCCACCGGCAUCACCUAAUCAAUUCUUCUGUCGCCCCCUGUUCCUGUGGAUGCCUCACAAGAUGUGGAGGUACCCACUAGUCUGCGUGCGUCCAUCAUGCCAAAAGUAUAGCCUUACAGCAGCCGGACUGUAUAGGACCGUGCGCAAGGUCCUGGACAUAGACGGGUGGUAUGACCUUGCAACUGAGUACCUGGAGUGCAAGCGGUGCUCCAAGAAAUAUCCUGCGUGGUCUGAGGAUAUCUUGGCCCAGCUGGAUGUUGGCCACCGCAGCCAGUUCCCAGCUCUGCUAACUUAGGCCCCGGUCACACCGCCCGAACUUUGCUGGAGCGUUCCUUGAACGGUAGGGAGGGGGGGCCGAAUUUCGACAACGCUCGUCACCGCGCACAAAAUGGGAAAAAAAUCGAAAACACGGGCGUUGGCUUAGCGGUGCACCGCUGAAGGCGGCGUUGCUUUGGCGUUGGUUUAGCGGUAGCGAGCGUUGGUUUAGCGGUGACGCGAGCGUUGGUAUAGCGGCGUUCUGCGCAUGCGGGCUUUGGCUCGGCGGGGGUAUAAAGUUGGUUUAGCGGCAUACCGCUUGUGACUACGGAGCUGAACGGAUCGUUUUGAUACAAGUUCUGAUAGAUUUUUGAUAGAAGCUCCACCAUCAGCUUGUCAUACAGUCCAUGUUCAGGCCUUCUCAGUAUCCACUGUCUGACCCACACAACUCUGUCUCUCCUUCUUCUCUCUCUUCUCCUUUUUUUUCUAUAGUUAAAAUUCUUAUUACUGUUCUGUUGUCUGUAUAGCUUUUCCCCUUUUUUCACUGUUGUUUAG